AUGACAUCCAAGAAUACACCACUGAAGUUGGUCCUUCCAUCAGUCAAGCCUAUACUGGUUGUGUUUCUCAUUCUUAUACCAGCUCCAUGCAGUGCCAUCAUGGCAAAUUGUUCCCAGCCAAAUCAACUUGCUCUAUUGGAAGCUCUGGAUCCAGUGUUAAACCUGAGCGCCAUACGACCUGUCAUGAACCUCACAACCUGCACCCGCGUCAGCACAUUCUUCACCUUAUAUGGAAUACUUGGAGUGGUAUGUUCAGCUCAGUUAGCAUUAUACAGUGUACCGAGUAAGUGUAGAAAGAGUCACUGACAUUGUUUUUCUGCUCUUCUUUUCAUUCAGGAUGAAAAGGCUCAACGCUUGGUGACUUAUAUUUGGCUAGAAUUUUGGUGGAGAAAUGAGUUUAUCGUUUGGGAUCCUGUCCAGUGCGGCACUGGCAAGAUUUCUCUCCCCAGAGACAAGUUUUGGGUGCCAGAUAUUGUAAUCAAUGAAUUCAUUGAGAAGAAUGCUGCUCCUUAUGUCCCAUAUCUAUAUCUGUAUAGCACUGGGGUCAUGCACGAUUCUCAACCAGUCAAAGUUGUCAGCUCCUGUAACCUUGAUAUCUACACCUUCCCCUUCGACAUACAGAACUGCACUCUUACUUUCAACUCCUACAUCCACUCAGCAAAGGACAUAAAGGUAUUGUUGGGGAGGUCUGUCGCUAGAAUGACAGAAAACUCCAAGAAGAUCAUGACCACUAUGGGGGAGUGGGAGCUGCUGGAUAUCACUGCCCACAACUACAGCAUUCCCGCACAGUAUGAGGAUUCCUCCAUCGAUCAGCUUUCAUUUCAUAUCAGAGUGAGGCGUCGGCCCACCCUCUAUGUGCUAAACCUGCUUAUCCCUAGUUGCUUCCUCAUAACAGUGGAUCUCUUCAGCUUCCUGCUACCCCCACAGACUGUGGAUCGAUCCUCCUUUAAGAUGACCCUGAUCCUGGGCUACACCGUCUUCCUACUCAUCAUGAAUGACCUGCUGCCAAUCACGGGAAACACCAUACCUCUCAUAAAUGUUUUCCUGUCUUUGUGCUUGGCUCUGAUGGUGGCCAGUCUGCUGGAGACUAUCUUCAUCACCAACCUGCUGUGUUUCUCUGCGAGCGCCUCUCCUGUGCCUCACUGGAUCAAAGUGUUCGUUCUGCAGAUUCUGGGCCGUCUUGUUUUCCUGACUCAGAAGACUAAAGAACAAAGAGAUGCAGAACUCAGCACUGUGACAGCAGAGACUGUUGAAGUUGUUGAGGGUCCUCUCGAGGAGAAGGUGCCAGUGGUGGAGGACAAGACUGUGGUGGAGCUGAGGAGCCUCGGAAGGGAUCUCCAGGCGAUCCGCCUGCAGGUGGAGAAGCAGCUGAAUGGGAGCCAGACCUCAGAGGAAUGGAUGCAGGUGGGUUUCAUCAUAGACCGCCUGCUCUUCGGCAUCUACAUCCUCUUUAUAUCAGUCAGCUUCAUUACCAUCAUCAUUAUCUGGGUAAAUUCAUAUAAUAAAACAUGA